ACAGAGAAAUCGCUACAACCGCGAGCGUGCAGAUUUAUCGGUGGCGCCAACCGCGAAAGAACAUCAAGGAGGCCCAUCUAAUCUCGAACAACGCCCCACCGAGCGAACCACCUGAAACCGACGAUCCUGCUAGCUCUCUGGGCGACGAUAUGGAAGUCAGAUCUUUCUCCGAGGGCGAUGGUAGUGACUCUGGUGAAAGCAUUGGCACCGCUGGUGAUGUUGAGGGUAUUCAACCGGCAAUGGGGGAAGGCAUCAUCAUUACGCAGCCCGCCAUUGACGAUAACUUUUCUUCCAGCCCAGUUGUUAUAGAUGCGCGCUACUUGGAUAUCUUGACCUUCGGCCAUGUCUAUGCAUCAUCGGGAAUCCGUCGCUGGCGCCGUAAUGGGGCUGUUAACGAGAUUGAUUGGGCUUUGGUCAACGUCUUCGAUGAACAGGUGACUCCAUGGAACGUGGUUCCCGGUUGCCGACAGUUUUGUAUCGACCCUGCAGCCGCCGCCAGGCAGGACUCGCUACGCAUGAAGCAGGACACCAACUGGAAGGAAUACUACAAAAAUGGCCUCCCGAAUGAGAUCAUUGUGACUGACGAUGAUGACGACGACACUUCAUCCCACCUGCAGCGCCAGCCAAUCCUAGAGCAGCCCGCUAUUGAUUUGCCGUUGAAGAUAUCCCUCAGAGUCUUCCGCGGCCUCUAGUCGAACACUUGAAGACCUUGACCAAAUCUGAACGGAGCUCGCAAUGGUUACGUAUUUGCUUCCAGGCAGACCCAGCCUGGAGGAUCGGCCAGAGAACAUUAUGGACGGCGUAUCGAAAAACUUUCGAAAACCUGAU